GUAAGUACUAACGCAACUCUUUUUUUCUCGAACAAGUGUCUCCCCAUUUAGUGCACGUAGACUUCAUUGUGUACCACAUUCUUACCGCUUAAACAAAGAACCAAAAAAAAAAAAAAAAAAGAAACCUAUAAAUAUAAGUAUAUAAUAAGCUCACUGACAACCUUCUAAACAUUACCAGUUAACAACAACAACAACAGACAAGAGUCCAUCAAUGGCGUCCGCGAACGUGCAAGGAUAUGUUCUUCCUCCAAUUCUGGAUUCCACCUCCGACCCACCACCUCUUUUUGAUGGAACUACAAGGUUGUACAUCUCUUAUUCUUGCCCAUUUGUACAGCGCGUUUGGAUCACUAGAAACUAUAAGGGCUUGGAAGAUAAGAUUAAACUAGUCCCUAUAAAUCUCCAAAACAGGCCUGCUUGGUACAAGGAGAAAGUGUAUCCUCCGAACAAGGUGCCAUCACUGGAACACGAUGGAAAAGUCAUUGGAGAGAGUCUCGAUCUGAUCAAAUAUGUGGAUAGCAACUUCGAAGGACCUUCACUUUUCCCUAAUGAUCCUACCAAAAAAAAGUUUGGUGAAGAGUUGCUGCUCUAUGUUGACACAUUCACCGGAGCAAUUUACAAUUCGUUUAAGUCGGACCCAGUAAAAGAAGCUGAUACUCAAUUUGAUUACUUGGAGAAUUCUCUCAAAAAAUUUGAUGACGGUCCAUUCUUCUUGGGUCAGCUUAGUUUGGUGGACAUUGCCUAUAUUCCAUUCAUUGAGAGAUUCCAAGCCUUCUUAGCAGACGUUUGGAAGUAUGACAUCGCAGCAGGCAGGCCUAAACUAGCUGCCUGGCUUGAGGAGUUCAACAAGAGUGAUGCUUACAAGAUAACAAAAACUGAUCCAAAGGAGCUGGUUGAAUUCUACAAAAAGCGCUUUUUGGAUCAACACUAAACUUGCCCAAUUACAUGUCAUAAAUAAAGGAUUACGAGUGCUUUAUAUAAAGUGUCUCCAAUCUAAGUUUUAGUUUAGUGCUUCUGUAUCUCAUUUGUUUUUUUUUUUUUUUUUUUAACAAUA